GGUAAGAAAACGUAUAUAAGACAUAAACCACUCACGUUUUUAGAGCUUCUUCAAUAGCGCUUAGUGAUCUUGCGUCAACGUAGGCGUGCUGACCUGCAAAGUCUUCAUAACGUUUUCUGCCACAGGAGUCAUUACCAGAAUGAAGGUCACACUUUUCUUUGUCGCGGUCGCUCUUGUUUUGACGGCAACUCAUGGGAACCUCCAGUACCGACAAGACGAAGUCAACGAAGAUUCUAUUUAUGUCAUACCUGAUACCACAGAUGACGCAACGUCACCGUACUGGAAGAAACUCCUUGGCUUGAUAUUGGAGCAGCUAGGCAGGGGGCUCCAACAGUCGGCUGAGCAGUCUCCGGCUGCCUACACACCCGAAGACACCGCCUAUUUUGCUCCUGAAGACAUCACGAUUCAACACAUAAGAAGAAUCGCCAAUCUUCUCAACAAGGUUGCGGACUCCGUAGAAAAAGGAGAAAAAGUCUACCUCUUCGACUGAGUCAGCUUGUCAACUCAUUGUUAAUAACAUUGUACAUGAAUACAUUAAUACAAUACAUGCAAUGCAAUACACGA